AUGGAUGACCAUGAUGCUUUGCUGAUUGCUCUUCUUGUUAUAUUCGUUGUUUUACUUGUGAUCAUUGUCGGAUUUAUAAUUUGCUGGUAUUUUGGACGACGACGCCGAGGCGUUCAUUUACAAGCAUCUUCAACGUCUGAUCAAACGCCAUUACUGGCCAGUUUGUCACGACCACGCAUCGAACGUGCACAAGCACAAGAAAAUGCUUCGCUUUUAACAUGUCAUUUCUAUAUCAGAACAACUGGUGAAUAUACAUUUCAUUCUCAGUUAACACAAAUUGGAUCCGAUCCAGAAAAGAACUGGUUUUUAAUUACGCCGAUAUCGAAGACGAGCACGAUUACAUUGAAUACAGCUUCGCAUCUUCUAUCACUACAACCGAAGUCGGAUCGACUGACCCAAUUGGUCGACGAAGAGAGUACUGCAACAUAUGUUCGCACAUUGAAUAAUCUUUUUAGCAGAUUGCAUCAUCCCUAUGUUGAACCACUACUUAAGCUGGAUAUAUUAUAUACACAAAAGUUGGUUGUCAAAGUCAAACGAUACCAACGUUUAGGAUCAUUGAAAGAUGUACUGCACGGUGUUGUACCAACUGCUAAUUUUCAUGGCAAAUAUUCGUAUCGAAGUUCUGGUUUAGCGCUGAAUCGUGUUCGACUGUAUUCUUGUCAAUUAUUAGAAGGUCUUCUUUUUCUUCAAUCGAAAUCGAUACCACCGAUCACAGAUUUACACAGUGGAAAUGUAGUUGUGUCUGGUUCGUGUGUUCAAAUUGGUUCGUACGAAUAUCAAUUUUUAGAACAACGCUCACGUAUCUAUCCAUUAACGAAACGAGCUGUGUCCUCAUUGAUACUUCCGGAAGGAAUGACAAAGGCACAAGCUUCAGAAGUCUUCUGCUAUGGCGCAUUGGUAUUUGAAAUGUUAACUGGUUAUGAAUUAGGUGAACAUUUACGUGGUUUAACGCCGAAACAUUGGCAUGACUGUGGAAGAGAUCCUGAUGCGCGACAGAUGCUGACACGUCUCUUCGACAUAUCACAACCUGUUUUGACGCUGACUGAACUUCGUGACUUUCCAUAUAUUGCCAAUAAUAUGGCCAAAUUGAAAGAAUUACAAGAUUUUUCUGCCAUGCCCGGCGAAUAUUCAAAUGACGUGAAAACCUUACUGGAACAAUGGACAGGUACAAUGAGAAGAAAACGGAACUCUACUGUUAAGGCACCAACUUUGGACAGACGCAAAAGUACCUCGGCAUCGAGACCAACAGAAACAUCAAUCAUCAAUCUAAGUUAUUCGCCCUCAAUACCCCCAACAACACCGACAACACCGUCAACACCCAAACCUAAUCUACCAGGACCAACAACUUCAUCUGCAUCACCGACACCACCGCCAGCACCUCCUGUACCAAAACAAUCUAUAACAACUCCACCUCCGCCAUCUGCUCCCUCAGCGCAGUCAUCCGGUGAUUCAGGUGACCGGUCUGCUCUACUAGACAAUAUUCGUCAAGGCACAACCCUUCGAAAAGCAGUUACUAACGAUCGUAGCGCUCCGAAAUUUAAAUAA